AUGCAGCUCGGCAUUAAAGCUUACUUUGCAACGCGCCCGAGGACGGUGUCUAUUGGCAGCAACGACACACCGUCGUCCGAUGCGCAGAGCGGCGUGGCUAAGGAUGUUGUUGCUCCCGCCGCUGCCGACAACCCUUCAGCGGAUCCGGAGGUAGGAAAGGUCGUAGAUGUUGCGAAGGUGCCGUCGUUGUCGCCAUCACUCCGCAACAGCGACCCGCUCAAGGAUGAAGACGCUCUGAAGCGCACCUACACGUGCGAGAGCGUCGCGCCCGCAGAACCGAGGCCCGAUUCCAUAGACACCUGCCGGGUGUCAACCUCGGACGCUUCGCAGCAGGACGCUUUCGACGACGGCGACGAAUCGCCCAUCUGCCGCAAGCGCAGCCUGAUGUUCGACAACGGCUUCGUGCCUGAGAAGCUGAAGUGCACCGAAAUCACCGACGAGUUCAUUGGCGCCCACCUGGAUGUUAUUGAGCACUUUAUCGCCCAGAGCGACACUGCCGGGUCGUACACGGCUGGAACCCAGGGGGUGCUGGCCGGAGGCGACGCCUCGCCGGAAACCCCAAAAGACUGCCCAACGACGACGGUGUCGCCCAACGAGCGGACCAGCUCCUUGAGCCCCGCUGAUAGCGCUGUCGCCGGUGUGGGCACCCUGGGCUCACUGCGUGCCAGUGGAACCCGGCCUCCCGACGUGGACGACGAGCCCGGGCAGGGUCGGCGCAAGCAGGCGCGCAAGGGAGGCCGCGCGUCGUCGGGGAAGGACGAGGGCGCCGCCACGAAACGUGUUGCAACGCAGUACGUGGGUCACGAUGGUGAUGUGGAGGAGUUGACCUUCGUGGACCGCCGCGAGGUGGAGGGAGGCUCGGCAGUCGCCACAGCAGGCAAGCUCACCGUGGGCUCCGAGAAGUUCACCGCGUGCUCCCAGAGCGUGGACUGCGUCACCGAUGAGGAGCGCAAGCUGUACCUGACGUGCCCGGCCAGCCAGAAGAGCCGGUGUUUCAAGGCAUACGUGGAGCACUACUACCGCUACAACGAGACUUUCGUGUUCCCGCCGUGGGUGCAGAUCCGCGAGAUCCGUGACCGCAACGGCCUGCGCCCCACGGACGAGUCGUAUGACCCGAGCACGCUGUGGGUCCCCUCGCGCAGCCACCGUUGGGCCGUCGCCUUCCGCAGCUGCCACUUCACCGAGUGCAUGCAGCAGUGGUGGUACGUGAAGCAGGACCGCUUCGACCAGCUGCUGUUUUUCAAGAUGGGUCGUUUCUACGAGCUGUUUUACCACGACGCGUGCAUCGUGCAGGAGAUUUGCGGCCUGCGUUGGAUGGGCUCGGAGGCGAAGCCGCACGUGGGCUUCCCGGAGAAGAGCUUGCACAUCUACGCGUCCGCCUGCGUCGCAAGGGGGUACAAGGUGGUGGUGGUGGAGCAGACAGAAACCCCUCAGCAGCUGGAGCAGCGCAACCGCGAAACCGGGCAGCGCCAGAACACCGUCUCUCGUGCUAUAUGCGAGAUCAUCACACCGGGCACCAUCACUCGCCCUGACAUGUUGGGCACGCAAUCCAAGCAGCUGCUGCUGAUCGCGGAAGCCGUGGUGCCGCCGGCUGCGACAGCCCCGGUUGCAGCGGAGGCGCCGACAGCGCAUGUGGGUGGCACGGGUGACCUUGCGCAGCCCUCAACCCCCACUGCCCGUGCUAAAACGAACCCGAGCUUUUCAAACCCAUCGACGCUCUCCUCGGGGCGUAGGAACAGCCGCUUUGGCUCCAGGCGGCGCCAAACCAACGAGAUCAAGGACUUGCCAGGUGAGCGCCUUCUGUGCAUCUGUUCGAUGGACGCCUCCAUGGGAACGAUUGCGCUGGGGAUGGUGGACAUUUCCCUGGGUUUGGGGGAGCUGCGGGCGCUCGUCGCGUCGGUGAACCCGGCCGAGGUCGUUGUCGACGCCGCCACCAUAGGUUCGCUGAAUGAGCUGUACGGCAUGACGGUGUACAUGGGCUUCGAGCUGACGUCCUUCAACUGCGCGCACCAGUUCACCCCGGAAAACGUUGGCAAUAGCGACGUCAAGAUCGCCGAGGUCGACUACGGCGCCUUCGAGGAGCGCGCGAAGGCUGCCCUCGGCAGCAGCAACGCCGCUUACGAGAGGCUGAUGCUGCUACUGCAGCGCUACCUGCGCUCAGUGAUGCUGGACAACCUGCUGAACUACUGCGCAGUCAAGACGCUGGGCGCCGACAACUACCAGUACAUGACCCUGGACGGGGCCGCCCUCACCCAGUUGGAGCUGUUCAAGUCCCAGGAGGGCGACAACUCGGCGUGCCUGUUCGGAUUCCUGAACAAGACAUGCUGCCCCUUCGGCGAGCGCAUGCUGCGGCGCUGGGUGCUCAAGCCCCUGAUGAGCGCGAAGCGCAUAAAUGCCCGCAGCCGGACGGUGGAAUUCCUGAGCCGCAACUUCUCCAUUUGCAGCACCUACCAGGAGCAGCUGUCGUUGCUCCCCGACCUCGAGCGCUCCUUCGGCAAGGUGCUCAAUGCCGCCGCGGGGUGCUACAAGAUGGCGGUGUACUUCGACGAGGGCGUCUUCACCAAGAUCUACGAUCUGCACCUGCUGCUCGCCAACUUCGACCGGCUGCAGCAGCACGUGUCGGCCUUCUUCUCCGAGGCUGCGGAGUACGGCGCGGAGUGCCCGUCGCUGCUCAGGGAAAUGUCCUCCAGCGUCGCCAAGGUGACUGGCCACUGCGGAGAGCUGAACGCGCGUCUGAACGUCACCGGCCUGAAGACGUGCAGCAGCCGCCCCGGCGUCUGGAAGGAAUCCGACGAAGUCCGCAGCCGCAUUGACGCCACGAAGUCGCGUUUGGACGCGCUGCUUGUGGAAAUUCAGAAGACCUGCCCGUCCGCUUGCUUCGUGCACACGAAGUUCCGUUACGAGGUCGAGCUCAACGAACGCGACCACCGCCGCCUCUCCCAAAGCGGGAAGUCGCUCGAGAUAACCUCCACAAAGGCGGGGCACGUGCGCGUGCGCACCAGCCGCAUAGUAUCGCUCGUGAACGAGCUGGAGGAGCACGAAUUCGCGCUGACGCAGAGCGAGCUCACGUUCUUCCAGGAUGCGGUGCGGCUGCUGCACGACCGCCGCGGCGUGUUCAGCGAACUGCUGGUGACCGCCGCGGAGCUGGACUGUCUGUGCAGCCUCGCGUCAGUGGCCAAGCACGCGGUGAUACCGUUGGUGCGGCCUGAGGUUUUCGAGCGCGGCUCCGCCGAGCCGUACAUGUAUCUGCGUGCAAGCGCCCACCCCGUGGUCUCCCAACUCACCCCCGACUCCUUCGUGCCCAACGACAUCCAUCUGAACCACGGGGACUACGGCAAUCUGCUGCUCAUCACCGGGCCCAACAUGGGCGGCAAGUCGACCCUGCUGCGUCAGACCGCGCUGUGUGCCAUAAUGGCACAGAUCGGCUCUUUUGUGCCUGCGUCCGAGUGCAGGAUGACAGCGGUGGACCGCAUCUACACUCGCCUAGGAGCGUCCGACAACCUCAUGCAGGGCAAGAGCACCUUCUUGGUGGAGAUGGAGGAGGUGUCGUCGAUAUUGCAUACGGGCACAAAGGACUCCCUGGUGCUCGUCGACGAGCUGGGCAGGGGCACCUCCACGUUUGACGCCACGGCCAUAGCUGCCGCGUGCCUGGAGAAGAUCGACUCCAUCGGGUGCCGCUGCCUGUUCACGACCCACUUCCAGGAGGUCUGCGCGUACGCGCUGCGGCUACCCAGGGUCACGCUGUGCCACAUGACGGCGGCCUUCGACGACGAGGCGCGUACGCUGACCUUCCUGUACAAGCUGGCGCAGGGGCAGUGCCCCGAGUCGCACGGCAUCCACGUCGCCCGCCUCGCCGGGAUCCCACCCAACGUCCUCGAGAUGGCGGAGAAGGUCUCCAGGCGCUUCCGCGCGCAGAAGCGCUCGCCCGCCGCCACGUUGGGGGCGCUGUUAGGCGCACACUCCCGCGGCGACGAGGCCGUGCUGCGGGCACUAUACGAGGAGCUGCGGCAACCGGAUGGACGGUGA